AUGCGGGGUUCAUUGUUGGCUGUUCCUUUCUUUCUCCUCAAGGCCGUCUAUGCAGCCGACACACCAACAGACGCACCCGAGACCGAAAUACUCGAUGUUAAGCUGGACUACAUCCUAGAUGACGAGCCUUUACCAAUCGUAGCGAAAUUAAAACAUCUUUAUCAAGAAGAACAUCACCAACCAAAGCCAAGACGAAAACACAAUGGCCAAACUGGUCCCUCGCACCGCAACUCGCAGUCCUUCCUUCAACCGAAUGAAAAUGCACCUCCUUCACAAGACGUACCAAACAGACCAGAACCGCCCCACGGCGAAAUAACAAUGAAAACCAAAGAUGGAAACGUCCACCUAUUACGAUUCUCAUUCUCUCCCGCCACCUGUCAACCCCUCUCCGGCGAAGUCCACUCCCUAAUCGACGAACUCUCAUUCAACCUCCUGCAAGACCAUCCUAACGGUCCCAUCGCCACCGCAGCAACAGACUUCGUUCCCAGUCUCGACGAGGUCGAACUCGUCGGCUUCGCGCGCGGCGACAGGGAGUUCCGCGCCGCUUUGGAAUUCCGCCUCGAAGGUGCGAUCGCGAAAGAGGGGUGGUUGGAGUUGGUGGAUAUGCUUGGACGCACGGCGGUUGCGGCUGCGGAGAGUAGGAGUGAGAUUGGCAUGGAUUUUGGGAUUGGGAUGGUGGAUGUGCAGGCGAGGGUUGGGCAGGUGUUUGUUAAGGCGACGUGGACUUUCUAUGAGGUUGUGGGACGGGUGCCGGUUGAGUGUGGGUUUGUGAGUUAUCAUGAAGAGGAGGCGGAUGCGGUGAGGGAUGGGUUGGAUGUCACGGUGGUACGAAAGGUUGUGGUUUUGGAGGAGGAGAAACAUCAUGAUUUGUGA